AUAAAACCACACCAGAUCUCAGAUUAAUCGUGGAAUACAUUCACAUGAGAGCAAUCUGAGAAGAUGAAGGUAACGCUGUCAACUCUCCUCCUGGUCACCACCUUCAUAUCCCACACAGCGGGAGUAGUCCAUGUUAAUGUCACAGUUUCAACAACACAAGCAGUUUCAAUUAUUGAUGACUUGUUUGUUGGCGUAACACUGGACUCCGGUCUACUGCCCACCUCACAGCACUGGAAAGGACUGGACUUCAACUCUCAGAAAGUUCAGACCCUGGCUAAAGGUUUGUCUCCAUGCUAUCUGAGGAUUGGAGGAACUGAGGGUGAUAGUCUGACCUUUGACCCUACAGGUCAUGGCACAGUAGACAUCAACCGUGCAUUUACAGGAGCUACCUGGGAUGCUGUUAAUACAUUUGUCCAGGAUGUCGACUGGAAGUUAAUAUUUGGUCUGAACGCCCUGAAGAGGAAGGAUGGUCACUGGGAUCCUACCAACGCCAAAGAACUGCUGCAAUACACCAGUGCCAAGGGGUACCAACUGGCAGGCCUUGAACUCGGAAAUGAACCUGACAUAUUCCCUGGGCAAUAUAACAUCACUGUGAGUGGCAGUCAGUUGGGUAUGGACUUCUACAACUUCAAGAAGCUGCUUCAGUCGACACCCGGGUAUGAGAUAACACCAGUAAUUGGACCUGACGUGGCCACUGUAACUAGAUCUGAAACAUUCUUUGCUGAUUUCUUCACAGGAGGAGGAGACAGGGCCGUUGACAGAAUAACCUUUCACCAUUACUACACCAACGGCCAUACCGCACAACUCCCCAAUUUCACCGAUUCCAAGUUGAUGGACACGCUAGUCAGUACCAUACAGACAGCGCUGGAUGUGUCAAGACGCACCAACCCACUUACUCCAGUCUGGCUGGGAGAGACGUCCUCCUGUUAUUACGGCGGAGCUCCGGGAAUCUCCGAUAGAUAUGUCGCUGGGUUUCUGUGGCUGGACAAGCUUGGUAUUGCUGCCAGGAUGGGCUUGAAAGCAGUUCUCAGACAGGAUUUCUACCUUGACAACUAUCCACUGAUUGACACUGAUACCUUUGAUCCAUUGCCUGACUACUGGUUAACUGUCCUGUAUAAGAGACUGGUCGGAGGUUCCGUGUUUUCAGUGGAGGCGAGCGUUGACAACAGCACCAUCAGAGCCUACGCCCACUGCACAAAGCCAUCCAUUUCCUAUGGCUACAUGCCCGGCAGUGUGACGAUGUACUUCCUGCUGCCCACGAUUAACACUACCUCCAUUACGUUUCCACAAUUUCCCGACCAACCUGUAGAUGUGUUCUGGCUGACGCCAAUCAAUGGACUCACAAGCAAAACCGUGGCCUUGAACAACAACCCGCUAAAGCUUGUCAAUAAUACGCUGCCGGAGCUGAAACCUUACAGGACGGAAAGAAACACUAUUACCUUCCCCGGGAAGUCAUUCGGGUUCCUCGUCUUCCCUGAGGCUGACGUGGCUGCCUGCAGUAGCCAGUGAUGCUGUUCACAGUAUGAUUCAGGAGAAUCUGUACAAUCUGCACUUGCUAUGAAAAUAAAUCCGAAUAUUAAUUCUUAAUU